AUGGAACAAGGCUCUAUCUGGGUGGCAUGGUUCAAGGAGGAGGUUUUAAACGGGGAUCUCAGCAACUUAUGGACUACCACCCCUAACAGGAGGUUCUCUUGGCAAGUGAACAAACUACUGAAAUUGAGUCCUCUAAUCUACCAGUGGAUUCACCUUAAGGUUGCCAAUGGUCUCUCUUGCCGGUUCUGGACUGAUCACUGGUCUCCUUUUGGUCGACUAAGAGAUUUUCUCCAAUUGGGUGCUCGCUCUUCCUUGGGGAUCGCAGACGUCGCAACUCUUGCUUCCCUCUCAAACAACAAUACUUGGCUCCUUCCUCCUGCACGAUCGGAAGCACAGGUCCAGUUGCAAUCUUAUUUAACUACUAUUACCUUAACUGAAGAGAAUGACUCUUAUGAAUGGGUAAUAGAGGGAACCUUGUAUCAGAAGUAUUCAAUUGGGAUUGUGUAUCGGAAGCUUCGAGUGCAGGGACAGCCGGUAUCUUGGAACGCAAUUGUCUGGAAUAAAGGAGGCAUCCCACGUCACAGCUUCUUGACAUGGCUAUUUGUGCUGAACCGCUGUCCGACAAGAGAUAGAAUUCUUGGAUGGGGGCUACAGACAUCGCCGCUAUGUCUGCUCUGUAAUGUGAUGCCUGAGAGUAGGAACCACCUAUUCUUUGAUUGCCACUUCUCCUGGGGAUUAUGGGGUACAUUGGCGCCUCGCUGUGGGAUUACUCCCAAUCGCUCCUGGGAUUUAACGAUGGCGCAGCUUCAGGGUCAAACUGGGAGGUCACCGCGAGGGAAGCUAGCUCUCCUAUGCUGGCAGAGUUGCAUCUACUGGACGUGGUCAGAGCGGAAUGCGCGCCUUCAUCGAAACAUUUUCCGUUCGGUGGAAGGGAUCUCUCGUUUGAUUGAUAGACAACUAAAGGACAGGAUCCUGAGCCUCCGAUCAACAAAUCCUCGUGUCUCUUCGUUGAUGAUGCAGCAGUGGUUCGCCUAA